AGAGAAGCUGGGGUUCUUCAGACCUGCUGGACGCAUCGCGGGUGAUCAAAUGGUCCACCCGGCUUGAUCCAAGCCAGCACACCGCCCGCCAUAUCGGGAUUAGCCCCUGAUAAACAUCUCCUUGCUGCACCAAAAAUUCAUUCCUCGGGUCAUAGGUUAACCAAUUCCUAAUUUCUGAACUUCAAACAUUUCAAAAUGGGGAAACAUAGUCGCAAAGAUGGGGAGAAUACUAAGAAGAAGUCCAAGACCGAGGAUCACGUCAAAAAGUCUAUAAUUGUGGAUGAAGCAGCUGUCGACCCAACCCUGGCAUUACUCUUUGCAUCCAGUGUAAGUAUCUUCUCGAAAUGAUUGAUCAGUAGAUCAAGAAAUAUACUGAAAAUCAAUAGGCCGGUCCGGUCAAAGCACCUCCAAAAUCGCGUUAUGAGGAGCCUCCUCCACCAAGAAAGCAAAUUGCAGAAGAGGAAUCCGAAGGCGAGGAAGAGGAAGAGGGUGAGGCCGACGACGAUGAUUUGAGCAGUGUAGAGGAAGACCUGGACGAUGUGGACCUGGAGGAUCUUUCCGGAUCCGAGGACGAAUCCGACGGUGGAGUUGAGCUGGACAAAAUUAUCGAAGCGUCUGCCCCGAAACCUGAACGAAAGCGUAAAAGGAAAGGCGACGAAGAAGACCUCGAAGGGAAAUACAUGCAGAAGUUAGCCAAGGAGGAAGAGAGAGAAGAAGCAGAACGCAAAGCUGAAAGACGACUCAAACGCCAGCGGAUGAUGGCUGCGCAAGAUCCAGACACGUCUGAAGAAGCCAAGGAUGUCGACUCGGACUCGGAUAAAGGCUCAGAGCGCGGCAGUGAGAGCGCAGAGGAGGGAAAUCAUGUCACAAGAGUUGUGCCGGCGGACAUUCCCCUACAUGAGUCUCUGGCGCCAAGUAAAGACUCUUUGGAGCUUGAGAAAGCUACCCGAACUGUCUUCCUUGCAAAUGUUUGCACGUCAGCAAUAACUGAUAAGUCUGCCAAAAAGACUCUCCUUGCUCACAUGGGAUCAUUUCUCUCAUCACUUCCGGAGCCAUUAGCUGGCAAGCCGGAUCACAAAGUUGAGUCUAUUCGUUUUCGAUCAACUGCCUACGCUGGUACAGCACUCCCAAAGAAAGCAGCAUUUGCCAAGAAAGAACUCAUGUCUGCUACCACCAAAAGUACCAACGCUUAUGUUGUUUAUUCUACUGCAUUCGCAGCUAGAGAAGCGGUCAAGAAGUUGAACGGAACCAUGGUACUAGAUCGACAUCUUCGUGUAGAUGGCGUUGCUCAUCCAGCCAAAACAGAUCACCGCAGGUGUGUGUUUGUUGGAAACCUAGGUUUCGUGGACGACGAGAGUAUGCUCGACCAAGGCGGCGAGAACGAGCGAAAGCGCUCCAAAAUUCCCUCUGACAUUGAAGAAGGGCUAUGGCGACAGUUUGGCAAAGCAGGAGCGGUGGAAAGUGUACGAGUGGUGAGAGAUGAAAAGACCCGAGUUGGAAAGGGGUUCGCUUAUGUCCAAUUCGAAGAUCCAAAUUCGGUAGAAGCAGCUCUUCUUUUCAAUGAGAAGAAGUACCCUCCCAUGUUACCCCGCGUCUUACGCGUGGUCCGUGCCAAAGCCGUUCGCAAAACCGCCAAUGCAUCAGCCGCUGCUCGUCCAGAUCCUCGUAAUGCACGAAACGGCAAUAAGCCCCGUAUCUACCAGCCCAAGACGACUUCCGAAAUGUCAUCCCUCCAAGGUCGUGCUGGAAAACUCCUAGGAAAGGCGGGAGCAGCGCAAUUCAAGAAGAAGGAUGCAGCGAGUGGGGCAAAUGGAACGGUGAUGGGGAAGAAAGGAGAUGGGAAGGUGGUUGAGGGCAUUGCACGAACACCAGAGAGCAUUGUAUUUGAGGGAUACAGAGCCAGUUCCAAGAAUGGAAGGCCUAAGGACCUGAAGAUGGGUGGAGCGAAGAAGGGUAAAGGAAAGCCGAAGUCCAAAAGUAGUACUCGUGCAAGUUCUUGGAGGAAAGCAGGUGGCAAGAAGACGAGUUGAGAGGAGGCAGCUGAGAUUUGACGAUAAGUCAUUGGAAUGCACACGAACUUCUACAUGUCCCAAUACCGACUUGAUCAGGUUGUGGGCCGUAGGCAUGUGAUUUCAAAAAGAAUAAUAUUGUCUUUUGCCUUACUGCUAGAGUGGCAAAUUCAUCCCCUUUUGAACAGCUGCCACGUUUGGAGACCCACCAUUUCGUUCCCGUCAAUCUGCGCUUACUGUAAAUAAAUACACCCUUCGCAACAAGACCCUUCUUCCUGCAAAUCCAUCAACCUUUCAACUCAUCAAGUUGGGAC